AGUACAAUAGACGGACAGACUCGUUACAGCAUCCCGGAGGAACUCAAACAGGGCUCUGUGGUAGGAAAUCUAGCCAAAGACCUGGGUUUGGGACUGUCAGACAUUUUUGACCGUAAGCUUCGUGUCGCCUCUGAGGCUGGUGAGCAGUAUUUCAGUGUGGAUGCGGGGAAAGGCGAGCUGGUGGUAAAUGACAGAAUAGACAGAGAGGCUUUAUGUGGACAAAGCGCCAGCUGUGUAUUGACUUUGCAAGUGGUCGUUGAUAAACCGCUACAGUUGCACCGAGUUGAAGUGGAAAUACAGGAUAUCAAUGAUAAUUCUCCGAAAUUCCCGUCAAAAGAUAUAAAAUUACAAAUUGCAGAGUCGACAGCGGCAGGAGCACGAUUUCCUUUGGAGACUGCGCAAGACCUUGAUGUUGGAGUGAAUUCAGUAAGGUCUUAUAUUUUGAGUAAAGACGACUUUUUCAGUUUAAAGAUAAAAAAUGUGUCUGGUGGGAGGAAAGUCCCCGAACUCGUGCUGUCUACAUCUCUGGACAGAGAGAAAAAACCUAUUCACCAGCUUCAGCUAACAGCUAUAGACGGAGGAAACCCGGUGAAAUCUGGGACCUCCCAGAUAACCAUAAAUGUGCUUGAUAUUAACGACAAUUUUCCUGUCUUUGAGAAGAAUGUUUACAAAGUCUCUAUAAGCGAAAAUAGUAUACAUGGUGCAUCUAUCCUUAAACUGACAGCAAAGGAUAUUGAUGAGGGUCCUAAUGGAGAAGUAGAGUAUUCAUUUGGGACGCACACACCAGAUAUUGCUUUGACUUUGUUCGACAUCGAUUCAUUAACCGGAGAAAUACAUCUUAUAGGGAAAUUAGAUUUCGAAACAGAUGCAAAUUAUGAAAUAGACAUCAGCGCAAGAGACAAAGGAACUCCGAGAAUGGAGGGACACUGCACUGUCCAUAUUGAAGUGUUAGAUGUUAAUGAUAAUGCUCCAAAUAUAUUACUGACCUCCCAACCAAACUCUGUGCCUGAGGACGCACCAAGUGGUACUGUUGUAGCUUUAAUUAGUGCCAGAGACCUUGACUCAGGUGAAAACGGUAAAGUGACAUUACAGCUCCCAAAGGGUUCUCCAUUUAAUCUGAAACCCUCUUUUUCUGAUAAUUACGCGCUGGUUACCAGUGCUGCUUUAGACCGUGAGAAUUUCUCUGAAUAUAACAUUGAGAUAACAGCCACUGAUUUAGGCUCCCCUCCUCUGUCCACAAAGAAGACAAUACAUGUAAAUAUCACAGAUGUGAAUGACAAUUCCCCUGUAUUCACUCAGCCCAGCUAUGUGAUAUAUUUAAAAGAGAAUGGGGUCCCAGGCUCUAUACUGUACUCAAUAUCAGCGUCUGACCUGGAUUUUGGUGAAAACGCCAAAAUCUCUUACUCUAUACUGGACUCUAAAGUGCAGGACGUUUCUGUCUCCUCUUAUGUUUACAUUAACUCAGAUAACGGCAGCAUCUACAGCAUGCACUCGUUUGACUAUGAGAAACUGAAGGUGUUUCAGAUUCAGGUUCAGGCAAAGGAUCAGGGCUCCCCGUCUCUCAGCAGCAACGCCACUGUCCAUGUUUUUAUCCUGGACCAGAACGACAACGCCCCCGCUGUUAUUUACCCCUCCUCCGCCAUGGGCUCCCUCUCUCAUCAGAGGAUGCCCCGCUCCGCUAAAGCGGGUCACCUGGUUACCAAGGUGACGGCCGUGGACGCUGACUCGGGCCAUAACGCCUGGACCUCCUACAAAGUGGCGGAGGCCACAGACGCCUCUCUGUUCACUGUCAAUCUGUACACAGGGGAGGUGAGGACUAAACGCGCUGUGUCCGAGCAGGACGACUCUUCUCAGAGGCUGCUCAUAGAGAUCAGGGACGACGGGGAACCGGUCCAGUCCCCCACCGUCACGGUGUCCAUCCUGCUGGAGGACGGCCUUCACGAGCCCAUCUUAGAUCUCCGACAUAAAGCGGCCGAGCCGAGCAAGAAAACUGGCAGAAUCACCCUUUAUUUGAUUCUCUCUCUGGCCUCGGUGUCCGUGCUGUCUCUGGUGACUUUUCUCAUCUUAGCGGUUAAAUGCAUGAGGAGCAGCAGAAGCAGCGGGAGUUGCUGCAUGAGACGGAGCGACUGUGAUGAUUACAAGAACCCCAACAGAAACCUGCAGAUUCAGCUCAACACUGAUGGACCUAUAAAGUACGUGGAGGUCCUGGGAGGAGACAUGUUGUCUCAGAGUCAGUCCUUCAGAUCAUGUAUGUCUCCAAUGUCAGAGUACAGUGAUUUCACUUUGAUAAAGCCCAGCAGCACCACAGACUUUAAGGAGGUGAUCAGUGUUCUGGAUGCGUCUUUACCC